UUUGAAAGAGGCAAAGAGCUCAUCUCUGCAGUCGCCAUUGUUUCAACUGACUUUACAACUUCAAUGACUACCACGCUGCUCACGCAAACCAGCAAUCGUGUUCAGUGUAUUUUUAAGAAUUGGUGUCCUGUUUUUCCAAAUAAUGGCAUCAAACAUGGUAUUAUACCUGACUUCUGGUUGCACGACACCAACUUUUGCUAUUAUCCCGACAAACGUGGAGAUAUAGCUUGUGCGAAGAGAGAGCAGCCUAAUUCGACAUGGUUAAACUACAGAUGUGUGUACAGAGGACUAUUCGACACAUACAGCCAAGCACGAGACCAGGUGUCUAGGGCAGUACAUAAUUCAGACAUCAACACCCCUUCUGAAUCUGAGGGAAACCGCUUAGGAAGAGGGAAAAGGAUCAAGAAAACUCGUGCUGUAUACUCCCCCACACCUAAUCCAGAAUCCAGUACAGAGGAUAUGGAGAGUGACAUGGAGAGUCCUUCAAUGGUCCAGUCUAGUUUGACACAAUCAACACAAAGUCAAGUUGAAAGUCCUGGAUUUUACUCGUCAAUCAACAUUAUGGAAAAUGAUUAUGAGAAAACUUCAGACAGCGGGGAACCUAUCCAACUGCAUACCAGCUUAAGCCAGCAAUCAACAAUGGUGAGUAGUCCUCCUGCUCCACAUGUCCAGCAACUUCCUUCAUCCACACAUUUGUUGCCACUGCCUUCUCACCCAGUCACGCAAACACAACGCAGUACAAGUAUUCCAGGCAGUGGGCCCCCUGCCCAACUUCAUGGCAACAGCUUAAGCCAGCAACCAGCACCAAUGAGUAAUACUCCUGCUCCCCAUGUCCAGCAAGUGCCGCAAUUUACACCGUUGCUGCCAGUUCCUUCUCAGGCAAUCGUCAAAACCCAGCAAUCAAGAUCGGCAUCAUCCUUUGCUAUGCCUAAAACAACUGGAAAUGAAUCGCCGUUCGAAGUAAAAGUUCUGAGCUUCUUAUCCAAAAUGGCAGGCAAUCUCGAUCAAGUGAAAAUUGAGGUGAAUGUGCUAAAAGGAAAGGUUGAUAAUUUAUCGUUUUCAACUCAAGAAAAUGAGCUUCUUGCGACUGUGGAAAUUCCUCUUCUACCCGUCAAAACCAUUGAUGAACUGAAGCUGUACGAAGAAGUGCUAACCAAGGAUCUUGAUCAAUUCUUCAAACUGGUACAGUUCGUAAAACAAAUUGGUGGCCUAACGCUUUCUAAUUGUGUCAAACGGGCUUGGGAAAGUGUCCUCACUCUUGAAGUUAGAGCCUUUGUAAACUGGAAUGGUAAACCACGCACAGAGGGAAUUGCGUUCAAAAAUGCGUCCUUGUCUGCGCUGGAAAUCGAGACUAAAAAGGCUGUGAAAAACUGUGCGACCGUUUUGAAAAAGAAACAACUUGGAAUUGAAAUAGCGUCAUCAGAAAGCGACGAGUGA